AGUAAUUAUUGGAAGAUUACUUACGACUUUUAAAAGCAUUUUAAGAUUUUAAAGGUUUGUUCAAACUGACGAGAGAUCGGAUGUCGUGAUGGAGCUGUGGGCAGACAGCGCCCAGAGCCAGACGGCCGACUUCCUGCGGGACAUCCCGGCCAGCGACCCGGACAAGGUGUACACGCUGCUCAGGGACGUCGGUCUCGACGACCCGCCGCUGCAGCUUAGGCCCAGCCUUAUGGGCGUCAUCACCAACGUGCCGCAGCCGCCGCGGCACACUCAGCGCUCCUACAUGUUCAUGGUGGUGCUGAAGGACCCCUCCUGCUGGGACGACGCCUCGCCCCGCAAGGACUUUGUCGUUUUCGGGUUUGUGCCGAGCCCGGCGGACCUGCCGGCGGCCGGCGACGACCACGGCCUGCGCACGGGCAACGUGCUCCGACUGCGCAGCGUCAAGGUGGAGCGGCGCGCCGGGAAGCUGGACGGUCGCGUGUUCCGCGGCUCGCAGCUGGACGUGUUCUCGGGCGCCGAGGAGGACCCGCCGGUGCCGCUGGGCGCCGCCGGCCGGCCGGUGACUGAGGCGGAGCGGCGCCGGCUGCAGUGGCUGCGCCGCUGGUGGCUCGUGGAGCGGCCGCACCAGGAGCGGAUCGCCGCCGCCACCGACGCCCGUCUCUCGGACGUCAGCGGACCCGGUCUGUGCCACCUCAAGGUGCGCCUGCUGGCGUUGGACGAGUCGGACGGACGGCUGAUCGCGCGCGUCACGGACGGCACGCGGUGUCCUCUGCCGGUCGGCGGCGCCGCCGCACCGCCCGGCUCCUCUGAUCCCUCCGACCCGGCCGCCGGCUACACCCGCGUACCGGUGUACGUGGCUGACCGCAGCUGUGCCGAGGCGCUGCGCCGCGGGCCGGCCGACGCCGUCCGGUUCCUCUACCUGGUCCGGGUGCGCGUCGACUGCGCGCCGACGACCGAGGGCACCGCCGCGUCGGCCGCGACGUUCGCGAUGGAGCGCGCCGACGACCCGCUCGUGCUGCCGCUGGACGUCAGCUCGGAUGACGUGAUGGACAUCCGACUACGGAUGGAGCCGGCGACCGCCGGGCCGGGGCGGGGCCGUGCCGGGACCGCGCCGGGGUGGAACGGGACCGCGCCGGGCGCUGCGCCGGCUCCGCCCUCCAUGGUGUCAGCCGCGGCGCAGACGGAUAUUUCCUUCGGCGAGGUGAGUCAACACUGGCGUCUGUGUCGGAUUCAGACUGGUUUGCAAUCUGUAUUUAUCCAGUAA